UGUACACAUUCGUUUUAAAUAGAUAAUAAUUAUCACAAAGAGUACCUCUUUACAAUUGAUAAAAAUUAUUAGCGUAAACAAUGGGAAUUGGAUAACCUUAAAUAAUAGUGUUUUAUUUUAAUACAAUUCAGUAUUGUAAUGUAAUAUAGAUAGGUUUUUUUUUUAUGUAAAUAAGUAAUAAUGUCAAUAAUAGAUUCCAAUCGAUUAAUUAAACCAGAACUUUUGUCAGAAUAUGAACUCUGCCAAAUAUUGCAAAAUAGAUGCAUUGAAAUAACAAAUUUAGAAAAAUUAUCUAAAAUUGAAUUGGUGGAGUUAUACAAACGAAUUGCUAUGCCAUUACCCCAAAGACAAACUGGGAACAAAAAUUGUAAAGAAAUAAAUAAAAAUAAUUUAAAUCAAAAGCCUAUGUUAGAGUUGUGUGGCAACAAUAUAACAAUACAGGCUUCUAAUAAACAUGACAACUCUACAAACUUUUGUGAAAAAAGAAGAAGAGUAUCUCAAGGAAAUUUAAUAGAAUCAAAAUCGUUACCGAAUGAAACUAAAUCAGUAUUAAAAAAAGUUCGUUUAUCUUCUGUUUCACAAACGGAAACUGAUUCUAAUGGAAUUAACAAACAUGACAUUAAAGAAGAAAAUGAAGAAUCAACUUUUGCACCUACAAGGAAAAGGCAAAAAAUUACAUGGCCCUAAUUUCUAAUUAAUAAGUGACAUACAAACUUUUUUAUUUUAAUUUUAAGAACUUAAAAUUUGGUUUUAUUAUUGCAUAUUUUAUUCUUAUUAUUGAAAAUUUUAAACUGUAUGUAUGGUAAAAUAACAGUUAAUAUAUUCACAUAAGAAUAUAAUG